AAUGUAUUUUAUUUGUUGCCAAAUAAAUAAUAAUCUAUAAAAUAAAAAGAGAGGGGGGGGGAGGCGAUAGGAUAACAGAGACACACACAUACAUAUAUUCACUCCGCCGUCGAAGGCCAAACCCUAAAUCCAUUUCCUCUAAGAAAGAAAGGCAUUUGGUUUGUGAGGUGUUGUCGAUAUCGAAACCCGAAUCUGAGAGACAUACCGAGUUCGAUCCGAGUGGCGCUACAUGUAAAAAGUUUGCUUCUUUUUUCUUUUUUAAAUUCCUGCUGUGGAUUCUUAGAUCUAGAAGCUGUGUGUGUUGGAGAUUAGAUUAGGUGGGGAAGAGAUCUUUAGGUUGUAAUAAAAAAAAGGAUGUCGUUCAAGAGUCUGAUACAGGAGAUGCGGGGAGAGCUAGGGAGUAUUUCGAGGAAAGGAUUCGGGUUUGGUAGAUCCAGGUCUCAGCGCGUGGUUCAGGACUCUUGUGUAGUCCCUGUGGAUGCUUUCAAGCAGAGCUGCUGGGCUACGAUGCCCCCUGAGCUCCUCAGGGAUGUCCUCGUGCGGAUCGAGGCUUCCGAAGACACGUGGCCCUCUAGGAAGAAUGUUGUUGCCUGCGCUGGUGUCUGCAGGAACUGGCGUGCUCUCGUCAAAGAGAUCGUCAAAGUUCCUCAACUUUCCUCCAAACUCACUUUCCCAAUCUCCCUCAAACAGCCCGGUCCCAGGGCAUCUUCUUCGCUUCUUCAGUGCUAUAUCAUCCGAAACCGCACCAAUCAAACUUACCAUCUCUACCUCGCCCUUAACCAAGCUUCUGCUUCUAAUGAUGAUGGAAAGUUCCUUCUUGCUGCCAAGAGGUUUCGGAGGCCAACUUGCACCGACUACAUCAUCUCCUUAAACUCUGAUGAUGUCUCCAGAGGAAGCUCUUCCUACAUCGGAAAGCUUAGGUCUAACUUUCUUGGGACCAAGUUCACUGUCUACGAUGCUCAGCCCACCAAUCCUGGAGCUCAGGUUACCAGAACCCGUUCAACCAGACUUCUCUCUUUGAAACAAGUUAGCCCCAGAGUUCCCUCUGGCAACUAUCCCGUCUCACAUAUCUCUUAUGAGCUUAACGUCUUGGGCUCCAGAGGACCGAGGAGGAUGCAGUGUGUAAUGGAUGCCAUCCCUGCAUCAGCAGUAGAACCUGCAGGAACGGCUCCAACUCAGACCGAACUUGUCCACAGCAAUCUCGAUAUGUUCCCCUCAUUCUCCUUCUUCAGGUCUAAAUCAGUUCGUUCAGAGAGUCUCCCCCAGCCUGCUCAAAAGGAUGGGCUGCUUGUCCUCAAGAACAAAGCCCCCAGAUGGCACGAACAGCUCCAGUGCUGGUGCCUCAACUUCAAUGGGAGAGUCACUGUUGCUUCCGUCAAGAACUUCCAGCUCGUAGCUGCUCCUGAGAACGGACCUGCUGGACCUGAGCACGAGAACGUGAUUCUCCAGUUUGGGAAAGUCGGCAAAGAUGUGUUCACAAUGGAUUUCCAGUACCCUAUCUCUGCCUUCCAGGCCUUCACCAUUUGCCUUAGCAGCUUCGAUACCAAGAUAGCUUGUGAAUGAACUCCACCCCACCCGCAGGCGCAGGGUUAUUUAGUUGUUGUAUCAUCAUGUUGAAAGAGAGAGAAAGAUGGGUUUGCUUUGGCCCUCUCAUUGUCUAAGAAGUGUGUGUGUACUGUACAUAUAGUUUCAAAAGUCUUGGCAAAGUCCAUACAAGGAGAGGGGGAGAGAGACUCAAAAACGAUGACAUUAGACUCUGUUUGUUGUUGUUAUUCCGUUUAUCUUUAGUGAUUGUAGUUCCACAAUCCAGACUAUAUGAUUUCAUCC